AUGCUGAUCGUGGUGUUCUACACUACAAUCGUAAUUAACCCGGCUGUAAAUUCCCGAGAUUCGAUGAUGGAAUUGGAAGAGGCUCAACGGACGCAUUUCUAUGAGAAUUGUUCGGAUAUAUAUGACCUAACAGCGUUGAGACAUUUAAAAGGACUCUCAAAGAAACGUCUACGUUAUGGUCUGUUAUAUGGACCUCCAACAAAUUUUACCACCCACGUUGUUGAGGAGACCCGCAAGGCGUUAAAAAUAAGGAAUAUUUUCCCUGUACAAACUGAGAAGAGCCUCUUGAAUCAUUUCCACGAAGAUCACUAUUUGGCGGGAAUAUUUUUUCACAAUUUAAGUAACAGGGAUAAUAAUUUGGAACCUGGUGGAGUACCAGUCCGAUUAUCUGCAACCCUUAGCUUUCCAAGUGAAUUUCGCACCAGCGAACAUCCAGACAUUUUUCCAAGUUUAUGGCUCACACGUUGCACAGGAGUCCUGGACCAUUUGGAUACCGACCAUCUGAGACAUACCGAUCUCUAUUUACGAGAAGGUUUUUUACAAUUACAACAUCGAUUGUUUAUAGAAUGGCUGAAAUUGUUAAUCAAUUCUGCGGACAGUGAAGAAGAUCUACAUUCGAAGGGGUUGUUGCCAAAAAUCACGAUACGUUCAUUUCAACAUCGUACAGAUCAGGAACCAUGUUAUGUCGAAGGUUCAUCAAACAUUAUAUGGUUCUUGUAUUAUUUUACAUUUUUUGUGCCAUUUUUGAGGGUUAUAAGGAAAUUCUCUCAAGAACAAGAAGAAAAUAUUCCUGCACAUCAUUUGAUUUACGGCUAUGAACCUGGACAUCUUCGUGCGGCUCAUUUUUUGAUUUCCUUUUGCCAUUUUUUCUUAUUGGGUCUAAUUAUAGUGGCAAUACUGACGAUCGAAUGGACCAGCAUUGAAAAAUAUCACAUAUUUCGUCGAAUAAAUCCUGCAAUACUACUUCUUUUCAUUAUUCUCUAUAUAACCAUCCUGCUCAUUUAUGCCAUGCUUGUGACGACUGUCUUCGUAAACUCCGCAAAUUGUGUUCUCUUCGGAGCUGCAAUGUGGCUCGGUUCCUAUGGUCUAUUCUCCCUUGUCAUGGAUACUUCGGAAAAAUUCUCAAUAGCUUUGGUCAUAAGCCUAUUGAUAUUUUUCAAUAAUAUGUACCCAUAUGGAAUGCGUCUAAUGAAAGAAGCGGAAGAUCAAUUGGACUACCAGGAAAUAUGGUCACUAAUUUAUAUACAGGUUACAUAUAUAUUUAUGUUAUUGUUUGUAUUGGCCUUGGCAGAUUUAUUAAGGCCUGGACGUUAUGUCAGACGUAGAUAUUUUAAUUAUUUGGGUAUACCUUAUGUUUGUCACAUUUGGCUAAGGCGAAGGAGAGGUGUGCAUGACAAUUCAAUGGAAUUGCGGCGUCGUACCACAAUGUCAUCUGCGAUGGUGGUAGUCGGUCCAUAUCCCAGUUGCCAAAAUUUGGAAUGUGGUCCAGUGAUGGGUCAAGAAGUGUUGUAUUUGAAAAACAUCAAUACUUAUAGGGAUCGUAUCAGGAAUAUUCAACAGCUGAAGAAACUUACCCUGAGAUUUUAUAAAAAUGAAAUCUCCGUCAUAUUGGGACCGCAUGGAACAGGGAAAACUCGAUUGAUUUCGAUAUUGGCUGGUUGGUGUAAACCAUUUAAAGGAAAUAUUUAUUUUAAUGGCGAUUUUGAUAUAUAUGAAAAUUGUUAUAAUUAUCACGAUAUCAUUGAUGUUUCGAUGCCCAAUAACCCGCUGUGGCCAGCAUUGACUGUUCAAGAAACCCUAUGGUAUUUUUGUGCAAUAAAACAAAAGCCCAGGGGCAAAGAAGACCUUGAAAUGGAAAUCAAGAAAUGGUUGAAGGUUUUAGGAGAGCAUUUGCCCAAUGGUUCCCUAACAUUUGUAAGAGAUUUAUCAUUUUCCCAAAAACGUUUACUUGCUCUCUGUUCUGCCUUGUCGGGGGAUAGAGUGAUAAUACUUUUGGAUAAUCCCACCUUGCAUAUGACACUGAAGGAACAGUUGCCGUAUUGGGAAAUAUUACGCCAGGAGAAAGAAAAUCGAGCCAUUAUUAUAACUACAUUUUCCAUCAAUGAGGCUGAUGCCAUUGGAGAUCGUAUCGGCAUAUUGAGUGAUGGCAAUCUUUUGGCAUGGGGUACACCAUUUUUUCUGAAGACACGAUUUGGCAGUGGAUUUGAUUUGAUUCUCAUAAAAAGGCCGGAUUAUCCCAAUCGUCCCAUAACGGACCUAAUAUCUCAAUAUAUACCCAACACAAUACCAACAUCUGAAAUUGGAGAUCAAUUGCUCUAUAAAUUACCUCCGGAUAAACGAAAUUUAUAUCAAAAACUUUUAAUAAGUCUUGAGAAACAAAGUCAGGAGCUUGGAAUCUCAACCAUACGCCUUGGGGGUUCUGAACUGAAGGAGAUUUAUAUGAAACUAGGUAUGGCUAAUUCCGCAGAAUCAAUGGACAUUGCAGAAUUACAGCAAUUUGGUGAAAUUUUCAAAUUCACCAAAAAGUCGCGAGUUAAUCAGAAAUUAAAUACAACAAAGCAACAAAUUAACGCCAUGCUCUACAAGAAAAUGAUACACCAAGCUCCGAACAUUAUACCGAUCAUUAUGAUUUUUGUUGUAUUCCUUUUGAUUCUGCUGAUAAAUGAAAUGACGAAAUUAUUGCGAAUACCGAGUACCCAAAAUGAAGGCAUCCAUUUGGGUCUACCGCGUAAUGCCACGGAACGUGACUUUCUUUCCCAAUUCGAUAAUUGUUCCUUUGUAGAGGUUGCCGAAAUUCAAACUGCCGACUAUCAAUUGAAAUUAAAUAAUAAACCCAAAUAUUUUCUCUUUAAACGUUUUGAGUGUGGCCAGGGGCCGUAUCAGGAGGAUCUGUUAAGUGAUACGGGUAUCUAUGAUAAAUUUGGUGCUGUGGAAUAUCAGGGGCCGAGCAGGCAGGAUAUGGUGCUGUGGAUAAAUGAAAAGAUAUUUCAUACAGCAGCGAUCUCAUUGAAUUUGGCACAUAAUUUGAUUUUGAGUAACAUAUUUCCAAAUCGAUCUGAUAUCCUGACAACCAUCAUCAAUAAACCGAAAAUUAUACCGCUGCACAUAAACAUCAAUUUGAUUGAUAAUCAAGUGUCACAUUUACGUUUGGCUCUAACGAUGGGCGUCAUUAUGCCCAUUACAAUGUCCUGUUUUAUUGUGGGACUUGUGGAGGAGCGAACAAAUCACCUAUUGACGCUGCAGCGUAUUGCCGGUGUAAAGUUAUCAAUAUACUGGCUUAUUGGCAUAUUGUGGGAUUUUGGAACAUUUUUUGCUUUCUCGAUUAUAUAUUUUUUGGUAAUGCUGGUAUCGACCAUUGAAGGGUUCGGCACCAUGGCGAAACUAUUGAUUUUACUUCUUCUGAAUGUCCAUGGCUUAUCGGCAUUGUGUUUUAUUUAUCUGCUGUCCUUAUUUAUGCCUCGUUCAAGAUAUCGGGCAUUUUUAAUAGCCAUUGUGGUUCAACUUGUACUUGGUCUUUGUACAUAUGUCUUCUAUUGGGAUGUUGCCGAGACUAGCAGCACCUUUUACUAUUUAUUGUCCUUGUCACCAACAUUUUCCCUACUGGAUGGAAUUAGUAAUAUCUACACUGAAAAUAAGGAACAUGAAUAUUGUCGAGAACGAUGUCAGGAUAUUCCAGGGUGUUACACGGAAAAUAUGUGUUCACUUAUUCCAAAUUGUUGUGCCGAUAAUUUUUUCAAAUGGUCAUCUCCCGGAAUCUUGCCUUCUCUAUCGUUUAUGUUACUCUCGGGGGUAUUAUCGAGCCUGCUGUAUUUCCUAAUAAAUAUAUAUCGCAAUGAAAAACUGCACAGUGGUACACCAAGAAUAAAACAAAUGGGCAGUGUUUGUUUCCCCUAUGAAGAUGACGAAGUGAUGACUGAAAAGGUUCGCAUAUCCAACAUGGAUUCUAACGGUUGUCGGAAAUAUCAACUUUUGGCCGAUCAAAUUGAGCAGCAGUUACCCAGGCAUGGUCUACGUUUGAACACCAUUUCCAUGGCCUUGGAAGGCUCCACCUGUGUGGCUUUGUAUGGCUCCCAUCAUUCCGGUAAAUCCCAUUUGAUACGACAAUUAUUAGGUACAGAACCAAUGCGUUUUGGAGAAUUGUACAUCUGUGGCCAUGAUUGUCGAUAUGAAACGAGAGAUGCCUAUCAAGCUGUUGGUUAUUGUCCUCAGGAUCGAGGACUUUGUAAUUCAUUUACUCCACGACAGCUAAUGACAUUAUUUCUGAUGAUACGUGGCAUUUCCGAACCAGCGGCCUCACAAAAGAUACGAACCGUUUCUCAAGUCCUUCAGUUGCGACGUUAUAUGCGAAUGCGGAUUUGUUAUGUUCCGAUGGAGGUUAGACGUAAACUAAACAUAGCCAUGUCCUUGAUACUUUGCAAUGGAAUUUUAAUAUUGGAUGAACCGACUCGGGGCAUGUCGGCCAUGGAUCGUCAAUUAAUCAUUACAAUCUUGAGGAAGAUGCGUUCCAUUGGCCAUACGUUGUUAAUUAGUUCCAGUGACAGUCUGGAAUGUCAUCAAUUGGCCGAUAAAUUAUUUGUCUUGCAGAAUGGUGAGGCAUUGGCCAUGGGUAGCCCGACCUAUGUGGGAAAUAAAUAUGGCAAAGGAUUUUAUUUGGAAGUCAGAUUAUUGUUGGAUGGCAAUACAACAGAAAAAAUUGAAGAAAAUUUGGAAAAAGAUAUAGAAAAUAUGCAGACCUAUGUUAAUUUUUUGCAUGGGGAAUCCAAAUUGGUAAAUCAAUAUCGCAAUACUUUGAAAUAUUACAUACCUCUUUUAAAUGUUCAAUAUUCCUAUUUGUUUGGAUCGUUGGAGAAAAAUCGACAUCGUUUGAAUAUUUCGGAAUACACAAUUGGCCAGGAAUCACUUCUAAUGAUUUUAAAUAAAAUAGUGACAACAAGAAAUCUUAACGAAUCAAUUCGAAAGAAAUUAAAAUUUGAACAAAAUCGAAAUGUAGAAUAA